GCGAAGUAAAUCUAUCUGCAAUCUGCACAUGCUCCCGAUCCCUUAACGGUUCGACGGAGGAGGGAAAAAAAAACGUUUUCAAGGUUAAAAGUCCUCGUUGCCUGGCCAACCAAUCAUAUUUUUUGACGCCUCAAAAGCGGCUAAAGUCGGACUAUAAAAACCGCAGGCGCUAAUAAAAGUGUGAUACGGGGACAUUAUCGGGAAGACUUUGUCCAAGCCACACCGCAGGAUCCUCUCCACCCCGCCCCUUAAGACGAUGCAUCUGUCUCAGAUACUUUUGUCGUUUACUCUGCUGGCGCUCCUACCGGCUGCGGUGGCCCCGGGCGAGCGAGAGACGCGCCCGCAGACUCCCACCAGCAGCGGGCCGGAGGACGCGGAGCAGUGCGCCACCUGCGACGUCCGCCAGCAAAUCAAAAGCAUGCGUCUGAACGCCAUCAAGUCCCAGAUCCUGAGCAAACUGCGCAUGAAAGAAGCUCCCAACAUCAGCCGCGAUGUGGUCAAGCAGCUCCUGCCCAAAGCGCCGCCGCUGCAGCAGCUGCUGGACCAGUACGACGUGCUGGGGGACGACAACCGGCACGCCACCGUGGACGACGACGACGAGCACGCGGUCACGGAGACCAUCAUGAUGAUGGCGACUGAACCUGAGAGCGUGGUCCAAGUAAAAGGAGACCCAAAGUGCUGCUUCUUCUCCUUCACCCAAAAGUUUCAAGCCAGCCGCAUAUUCCGGGCUCAGCUGUGGGUGCACCUGCGUCCCGCCGACGAGGACACCACCGUCUUCCUGCAGAUCUCCAGACUGACCCCGGUUUCGGACGGCAACCGGCACAUCAGGAUCCGCUCCUUGAAGAUCGACGUGAAUGCCGGAGUUAGCUCCUGGCAGAGCAUCGAUGUCAAACAAGUGCUGAGUGUGUGGCUGCGGCAGCCCGAGACCAACUGGGGCAUCGAGAUCAACGCCUACGACAACAAAGGCAAUGAUCUGGUGGUGACGGCUGCAGAACCAGGACUAGAAGGGCUGCAACCGUUCAUGGAGGUGAAGCUCUCAGAGGGCCCCAAGCGUGUGAGGAGAGACUCGGGCCUGGACUGUGACGAGAACUCCCCGGAGUCCAGAUGCUGCCGUUACCCGCUCACGGUGGACUUUGAAGACUUCGGCUGGGACUGGAUCAUCGCGCCCAAGCGUUACAAGGCCAACUAUUGCUCUGGGGAGUGUGAGUACAUGCAUUUGCAGAAGUACCCGCACACACACCUGGUGAACAAAGCCAACCCCAGAGGCAACGCGGGCCCCUGCUGUACGCCCACGAAGAUGUCGCCCAUCAACAUGCUCUACUUCAACCGCAAAGAGCAGAUCAUCUAUGGCAAGAUCCCCUCCAUGGUGGUGGACCGCUGUGGGUGCUCCUGAGCCCAGAGAGCAGGAUUUAGACACCUCCGCCUACAGACUUUUUUUUUGAUCCAAACACCAAUUCCAGUACUUUCCUGCAAAACACGGUGCAAUAGAACCACACUAGAGGUCCCGAUAAGCUUUCACACGUGGCAUACUGUAGCUGCUUUCUCUCCUCCAGUCAAACAUUAGCCAUGCUGGCUUGAUGGCACACACACACACACACACACACACACACAUGAAUGUGGACAGAAACGAUCAUCCCAGCAGAUUUAGACAUCCGCUCCUCUCCUUGCACCCCCCCACAAACCCUCCUCGACUCGACGGAGUCUCCUCAAAAAAGAAGAACGAUUACGUGAUCACGUGCAUCGUGGCCGUAAAAAAAAAUCCUACUCACAGAACUCGAGGUGAAGGCACAAGAAAUGCAGAAACAGAUUGUCAAGAUGUAUGAACGUGGAGGUCAUACUCUGUACAAUGCAGUUUGCACUAUGGCACACCAAUGGAAAGAAUUGGUUGCUACCGAAAAAAAAACUUGUUGUAAAAACUGAUUUUGAUGUGUUCGUAAUGUGUACAUACGCCUUUUUUUUUUCCAUUAGGAGUUGCUUUUCUUAACCGCUUUUUGGUUCACGCAUAAAAGCAAGAAAUUGUAAUGCAGCAGCUCUACAUAACUAUUUCAAUAAAUA